AUGGCUCCGUCUGCUGUGAAUAGUUCCAAUGAAAAAUUACUCCUGUCUACCGUAUACAACAACAUUAAGGCGAUGGGUCCAUUUAAAUAUAAUGUGGGUGAUCAUUUUCGAAUCAGUAAAUACAAGCAUGUAUUUGAAAAGGGCUACACACCCAAUUGGACCACGAAAAUUUUCAAGAUUCGCGAAAUUCGUAUUACCAAUCCCGUUACAUAUCUAUUAGAAGAUUACGAAGGAAAUAAAAUUGAAGGUGGUUUUUAUGAGCCUGAACUAUUGAAAGCUGAGCAUCCGUCAAUUUAUCUUGUGGAAAAAAUAUUGAAAAGGAAUGGUAACCACGCGUUUGUGAAGUGGUUCUCAACCAAACACAAUUCCUGGAUAAAUACCAAGGAUAUGAUAUAUUAA